AUGUCUCUUAUUCGUAAAUUCAUUCUAUCAACUACUGAGUAUUUCUUCAAUAGAAGUGACUUGAGUUUCAAUAAGAAAGCUGAAGAAGCGUUGUCAGAUUUUAUUCAUCAUUCACAAACGUUAUUGUUACAAAGCUACAUUUGCGAUGAUAUCUUGAUGAUUCACACAAAGAUCCAAUUUGACCAGAAGAAAUCCAUCAUAUUUUAUAAAUCUAAAGCUUUAGAGCUUGAUUCUGAUAAAUGUGUGGAAUACAUCAAUCUCAUAACUGUUACCAAUAAUGCUGCUGAAUCAUUAUAUCAAGUUGUAAAGCAAAUAUAUUCACCUCUUUUGGCAAAUGAUUAUGACUUAUACUCCAAUAAGUUACAAAAGAAUCUCUCAGAUUUGGAAUCCAACUUGAGAAUCAUCACCCAUGGUAAAGCAAAAGAAAAUACAAAUGUGAUACUAACUAUUGAAGAUGAAGUGGAGUAUUGGAAAAGUAUUGCAGAUAAAAAUGACGCUACAAAAAAAGAUAGAGAAAUUGCAUCAGCAUAUCAUGAUUUAUUUGAAGAUAUAUGUGAGGAGUUAAGAUUAAUGCAAGCAAGUACAGUAUCUGAAAUGAGGGAACCAACUGAAAACAUUGGUGGUAUUUUAGACGAUAUUUGGAGAUUUACCACAGUAACAUAUUCAGAAGACAGAAUGAUACAUAUUAUCAACAUCAUUGGUAAUUUUUUAAAUCAUAUGCUUAGUAGUAGUUAG